AUGAGGUGGUUACUCGCCCUGGCCUUGUGCCUUUCUGUCUGCGUCCCCUUUGGCGACCUCUUCCGCGUCUCGCUGCAGCUCGCUGUCUUGCCGCGCAAGGAGUCUCUCCUUCUCUCUGUCCACGCCACUGCCCCCACUGCAACCUCGUCCCCAUUCCUUCGCGGCUCAGCCUCGCCAACAGUCUUCGGCACCACUGUUUCGACCCCCACCACCUCGCCUUCCCCAUCCUCGCAGCCUUCUCAAACCACCGACCCAGCCACCCUCCUCGCCGAGCCUCCCCACCCUCAGCACCUGGAGGCUGGUGCUGGCGUCGACCACCUCGACCUGCGUCUGGCCACAGCCGACGUGCUGGCCCAAACGGCCGCCGACUGGUUUGGCCAUGUGGCCGACGUGAACGACCCGGCUGAGUAUGUGGAGAACAUGCUGCAGCCUGGUCAACACGCCGACCACAUUGACCUCGCCGCGCUCGCCCGGUACCUCGGUCGAGCCAUCCGUAUCCUCCACCUGGAUGGAUCGUCGGUCACGCUCGACCCCACGGUCUACUCUGGUACGCCGUACACCAUCACCGUCGGCGUCCAGCAGCAGCAGCAACAGGACCUUCACAUUCCGUCCACCGGCUUCGCGGGUCCGGCCAUUGUCCUCGGCUACCUGCCCGAGGUCGACGACCACGCUGGCCUGCGUGCCCCCAACUUUGAGGCCGCGGACGAGGACGACGAGUUUGACACGGCCGACGCCGACGCCCAGGAGGACAAGGUCGACGACCUCGGUGUGCCCGUUGAGGACACCCUUCCCGUUUUCCGCCACUGGUGGAACGAGCGUGCCCAGUCUGUGGCAUACGUGCCCAAGCAGGCCACGCUCAAGGAGCGUCUCGGUCGCGUCAUGGCCGCGGCUCACGAGCCCGGUAUGACAGACCUCUUCCACGGCGUGACCUCGCUCCUCUCCGUGGACGACGUCCUUCCGCUUCUUGUCCUCGGCACCGCGCCCGAGGUGCUGGACAUUCUCGUUUCCGACUCGCCCCCCACUGCUGUCCAGAUUGGUUGUCUCCAGACGGCCAAAAUGAACAGCACUUGGGGUUCGUACAUCAAGGCUUUGUCGUCCAAGGAUGGCUCGUUAGCCCUGUACGCCGGCACCGCCGCCGCGCUGCCAGAGGUGGGACCAGCACCGCUCUUCAACGUGCUCGCGCGCGCCAACAUCAAGGCCGGCGGCAAGAAGGAGGAUGUUACCAUGCACCCCUUCUUCCGCAUGGAUGCUCGUGCUCUCCCCGCCCGUCGCUCGGCCCUCGGCAUCACCGGCCGUGUGUUGGGCCAGUAUGUGGAAGCUCUGCUCCACUUCUGGCUGGACACAUUUGUCGAGAAGAAGGGUGUCGUUUGGCCUGACCGCCACCACCGCGGCACGAACAAGGUCAACCCGCUCAAGCAGGCCGUCCGGGACAUGAAUCCCUCGACCCCUGCCGAGCAACGCGCGCGUUUUCUCCAGCGGGACCGCAUCAUCCAACGCCUCCGGGACUUCCGUAGGAACCACCCCGAGGUCCAGCACGAGCGCGACCAGGUAGUGCGCGAGAAGCGCAAGUCUAUGCUCGAGUCGCUGCCCAAGACCGAGCAGGACGACAUCAACGAGCGCUACCGCGUCCGGCGUCUUCUUCGCGUCAAGCGCAAGCUCGGCCCGGACCGCCAUGACGAGGCUCUGUGGACGACCUGCGACCCCCAGUCGUGGCGCAAGAAGCCCUGGUCUACAGGCCUGCCGUCCCAGAAGACCUUCCUCAUCAAGCAGAAGCUCGCCAAGAAGGCCCGCCAGAACCGCCCUAUCCCCCAGUGGUUCCGUCUUAAGACCGACACCAAGAUCCAGUACAACGCCAAGCGUCGUCACUGGCGCCGCACCAAGCUCAACCUCUAA